AUGGAACGUGUUGAAAAUAGCUCCACGUCGGAAAGUGAGGAUAGCUCACUAGAUGUUUGCCAGUUAGAGACAUCAAAUGAAAGCUUAGUUGACGCCUGGAUUCCGAUCGAUCAAACUUAUCCUCUCCUCACGACAAGGAACGGUGGCAAUGGUAUCCUAAACCCAGGCUUUGACAUCGUCACAUCCCCAACAAUUCUUGAGGUGUUUAAGUUGAUCUCCGAACUUGAACAAGAGCACCGACAAUGUGUGGACCAAGGAGUUUAUGAAAACUUGAUGGGCCAUCUUCAGGAAUUGGAAGAGAAACUUGCUAGGCGUGAAGAGGAGCGUCUGGAACUCAUGGAAACGCUUGAGCAUAGAGACACCAUAAUCAAGGCGCUGGAGAAGAAAAUUGAGUCCAAAGUUGACAUAAUCCAAAAUCUUCAGCAUAAGCUGCGAAUAGUCAAGACCACUGUGGCCCGUUCACGCAAAUAUGGCCAACAUGGCCCGGUCAAGACCCCGGAACUCAAAGGCGUGGAAUACCAUGUCAAAGCGGAGACCAAACAUACAGCCAGCAAGAUUGAGAAGCUCGAGAAGGAAAAUGCGAGCUUGAAGCAGGACGUCGCCACCAAACUCAGCAUGACCGCACAACUACAGAAGGAAGCAAAGGCUGCACAGCCAUUGGUGAAUAUCGGUUCGGCGAUCCGUAAACGUCACAUAGAGCAUUUUCUCCAACAACUCCGCGAAAUAGGCACCCUCCAAGACGACAAAGCACCCAAUCAGGCAGUCAUUGGGAGAGGGAAUUGCGCAGCCCAUUGGUGCGACAUCCGAGCCGACCUUGCACUGGUCGAAUGCAAAAUUUUCAACCAGGAUAAAUAUGGCAGACUGCUUCAGCAUAUUUACGGCGCUACAGUGGAUCGCUGUGUUGCAAUGUGCAAUAGGGGUCCGUGGCAAUUUAUCAAGGCCUGGGAUAUGAGAAUCAUGUACUCUGCAAGCAGGGACUCAGGGAAAGGGCCGGAUGCCGUACGCUUCGAGAGCUUGUUCGACAGGAUGAAGAGUAUUCCUAAGAAUUUUGCAAAAAGUUUAGAGUUUGGGGUUUCUGCUACCUUCGAUGGGUGCUCCCUAGCUGAAGAGAUCCUGGAGGAUAUGAGGGUUCUGACAAAGAAGUUCAUGGAGCAGUAG